CCAAUAAAAAAGAAAAAAAAAGACGCGGACACCGUCUUCAGCCAAAGGCUGCACAGACUGAAUGAAACUUAACACUAGACAAGGGACACACGGAGCAUGCACCAGUGGAUACGGAGAAGAAACUGUUCUCACGAAAAGUUUCAUCACCCGGAGCGGGAAUCGAACCCUCACCCCACAGUAUGGUGCGAUUAGAAGCUUGGUGACCCUAACCGCACGGCUACGAGGCUCCACUGAAUAAAAGUAGCUAAAAUAUAACUUUAAGAUUUCCAGAUCAAAUGAAUUUCAGUCUCAUUUUUGCACCCUUGCCAUCACUGUGCGCUACUAAUGACAACAGUUAUCUCCAGCUAAUUAUAAACGCAAAGAGAUCUACUUAUGCAAAACAAGCCCCUCUCCCGACACCCCGUUCAUUAUUAUUCAAAAAAAUAAUCUAAAACUACGGGCACGCCCAAGCCUCCUACACUUUGAAGGGUGGCCGGCAGCCACUUAUACGGGAAGCGCAAGACUCAAACUUACCACAAAUAGGGAUGGUGGAACGUAAUAAAAGCCCCUGUUUGGGGCGCUGGUUCGCACCUAGGUGCAAAACGUCAAUAGGGAGGCUUCAGUCGCUUCCCGAAAUCCUUGGGAAAAAGGAGCUGCACCGAUCGCGGCCAGCUUAGUACUAGAUCACGAUUUGUGCUAACGAGAUGGAUUCUACCGGGAAUGGACCGACGAGUGUGGUGUCGACUAUACCGAAGCGCCGUCAGGAUUUGAUCCGAUGGGACGGUUGGGGUUAUAAGGACUCGCGAUUUGUGUACGAUGGGAAGGACUGCUUUUUCAGUGGAGAUCGUUAUCCGAUGGGAAAAGGGGCUCGGUUAAAUCGGUUGCGGGACUGGGUGAUCAAUUACUUCGAAGUGGACCCCGCCACGCAGAUGGCGGCUGUUAGUGAGCCCAAAGUGUAUCCGGAGCCAGUGAGAUGUGUUGAGUUUCUGGAUGGUUUGAAGAGUUUGGAGGUGGAGUUCUCCGAAGAUGGAAUGGAUCGGUUAAUGAGGUGCCAUGGACAAAAUUUGGAAGAUUUUGAAAAUUUGAAGAAUCACAGCUUUCCGAAGAUUCCUGAUUUAGUGGUGUGGCCAAGGUGUCAUGAACAUGUGGUGAAAAUUGUGUCAUUAGCUGGGGAUCAUGAUGUUGCACUAGUGCCAGUGGGUGGGAAUUCGGCCGUGUCUGGGGCUUCAACAACACCAGAUGUCCAGGGAAGAACGGUUGCAGUGGUGGAUAUGACGCAGAUGAAUCGACUGUUGUGGUUAAAUAAGGAAAAUCUUACGGCGUGUUUUGAAGUUGGUAUAGUGGGUCAGGAUCUGGAACAACUACUCAAGAAACAUGGUUUGACCUUGGGUCAUGAGCCCGACUCGAUUGAGUUCUCCACUUUGGGAGGUUGGAUUGCCACGCGAGCUUCGGGGAUGAAGAAGAAUUUGUAUGGGAAUAUUGAAGAUUUGGUAAUACGGAUAAAGAUGGUAACCGGGAUCGGAGUGUUGGAGAAGCAGUUUACAGCACCGCGAGCAUCAUGUGGUCCUGACCUUGAUCAUGUUAUCUUCGGAUCCGAAGGCACGUUAGGGAUCAUUACGGAGGCCGUGGUCAGACUUAGACCAGCUGCGCCACUCAGUCGUCAUGGAUCAUUAGUGUUUUCCAAUUUCGAAAUCGGAGUCAGCUUUCUACGGGAAGUUGCCAGGAAAAGACUUCAGCCUGCGAGUAUUCGGCUGAUCGACAAUCAUCAAUUCGAAGUUGGCGAGUUCUUGCAACCGGAUGGAGCAUGGCACACCGAACUUGUCAAUGGUAUCAAGAGGCAGUACCUCACGAGAGUCUGCGGGUUUAAAAUGGAUCAAAUCGCCGCCGUAACAUUGGUAUUCGAAGGUGAUCAAAAGAGUGUGGAGUCCCAUGAAAAACUGAUCUACGGCAUUGCUGCCAAAUACGGAGCGUUGAAUGGAGGAUCUAAGAACGGAGCAAAAGGUUAUGCCUUGACCUUCGUAGUUGCCUAUAUCCGGGACUUUGCAUGGGAUUUCAACCUCAUAGCCGAGUCGUUCGAAACCACCGUCUCCUGGGACAAGUGCCUGUCGCUGUGUAACAAUGUGAAAUCGUGCGUUACGAGAGAAUGCAACCGGCACGGGAUCACGCGGUUGAUCGUCAGCUAUCGGGUAACGCAGACAUACGACGAUGGUUGUUGUGUGUACUUCUAUUUGGUCGUCAAGCACGAGGACGAUCGCAUCAACCCGGUGGAAAUGAUGAAAACGAUCGAGGAACGUGCGAGGGAAGAGGUGCUGGCUUCCGGUGGAACAUUGUCCCAUCAUCAUGGGGUCGGGAAGAAGAGGAGUAAAUGGUAUCCGGCGAGUGUUUCGCAGGUGGGGGUUAGUGUACUGAAGGCGAUCAAGAGGGAACUGGACCCGAAGAAUAUUUUUGCUGCCGGAAAUUUAGUUGAUAGUAGUGCAUUAUCUAAACUAUAGUUUUUUUUUGUAAAUAAUUAGUAAAAUGGUUUUCAUACAAAUAAUUUUCAAAAAGGACAUAAGUUUUCAGAAAAUCAGCUUUAAAUAUAUUGAUAUUUCAACUUUGAAGCAGA